AAUCUGCAUAUCUUAUUCCAUGGUUGAGGUUUCAUGUAAACAAGGCGAGGAUAAGGUUCUCUCUCUCCCCUGUGUGUGUGUGACAGAGAAAAGAUGGCUGGAGCUGGAUAUUGGAUUUCACCCAGAAACAUCAACAGAAAUGUUCACGUCCUUUCAUUUGAGGCCAAAACUAGAGAUUAUGCAAAGAAAAAUGAACUUCCAUUAAUGAAGACAGGCAAAAAGAGUUCAAAAACACAGCAGAGUUUGAUAAGAAUAUCAGCAUCGGAAGGGAGAUGGGAUGGUCAAUGGAACUCUCACUAUAAUCUAUCUUGGAAACAGCUUCAGCUCCAAGAUUUAUUACUAAUGGAAGAAUACAAUCAUAAUUCCCACAGAAGCACUCCUGUUUCCAUCACUCUUUGCAUUCAAAAGCACACAGGAUUUGGGCUCUCAGUUGAAGGGAGGAUCAUGACAUGCUUCACCACAAAAUGUUGCAACUGUUGCUCUCCCUUUCUCCGACAGAUAGAUUCAACAUUUAAAGCUUGGGUUCUUCCAUCAAGAUCAAGUAGACAGAAAGACUCGUCUGAUCAACAACUUCCUGAGAUUGGCGUCGAUGAUCCUUCAGUUAUCUAUGUGAAACCUGGAUGUGAGGCUGAUCUUGAUUCACUAGUACAGGAUACCAUCAGGCUGGCAAUCUCAGUCAAAGUAGAGCAACACAAGAAACUUGCUCGGAUUCGUGUGACAAGUCCGAACCUAAAUUGCUGCAUUUGGGUGCACGGAAUGCUGGCUCAAUGGAUAGGAGAUGGUACAGACUAUUAGAACUCAAGAACGCAAAAGCAUAACAUUUUAUGCUUGAAUUCCUCACUCAUCUAUUACAAGUAGAUACGGAAAAAAUCUGAUUCAGUUCCAAUGUAGUUCCUAUAGUUACAUAAGAAAUGUAUUGCAUCUGAUUGCAACUUAUGUGGAAUUCAAAGGAAUGUCGAGCAUCUACAAUGCAAAUAUUGAUGCAAUCUUUGUGGAUGCAUAUUGUAGAGAAUUAGAUGGCUGGAUUUUGAGAUAGUGCUCAUAAAUCUCUUCGAUGAUAGCUUAACAUUUUUUGCGUUAA